AUCUUGCUACAUAUGGAUGGUACCUUUGCUUUAUCCCAGACAGUGUCCAGUGCUAGACCCAGGCACUCGGGUUUGGAGAAAAUAGAGUUAUUGCUCUUAAAGGGGCAGCGAAGGAAAAGCCGUGCGAUGGUGCCGAGAGGAGGAGAAGGAGGAGGAGGAGGAGAGAGAUAAGUGAUCUAAAGGGGAGACGAUAGGACAAAAAGUGAUGAUGAUGAAUACAUUUGAAAGUUUUUUGGCCCGGGCGAUGGUGUCAGAUUGAAUGGCCAGUGCGCAUGUGCGAAGGUGUCCAAACUGACAAUGCUUGUGAGAUGAAGAUAGUGUUGUUGCUGCUUCUGGGCUCGAGGAGGACGAGAGGAAUCUACAAGCCGACAAGAUGAGAUGCAAAGCAAGGGCGAGAAAACUGGCCAAAAGUGACAGCGAGGCGGUAGAUAACAUGUAUGAGACAGACCUGGACCACCUGGCUGGAGAGAGUGCAGAGGAGGAGACUGAGGACGGCAUCAUGUCACCCAUCCCGGUGGGACCCCCUUCUCCCCUCCCCAACAGCGAGGACUUCACUCCCAAGGAGGGCUCGCCUUACGAGGCUCCUGUCUACAUUACUGAUGACAUUCCCAUUCCCGCAGACCUGGAACUCCGAGAGUCAACCAUCCCUGGAGCGGGUUUAGGGAUAUGGGUCAAAAAUAGGAUCGAACUGGGGGAAAGAUUUGGACCUUACACUGGAAUGCAGAAUACUACAGUGAAAGACCCUAGUUUUGGAUGGGAGGAAAUGCUGAACGACCAUGAUGUGGCAACACAAGAUGGCUGCAUUAAAAAGAUUGCUGGUGAUUUGGGAAACGUGAAAUUCUGCGUUGAUGCCAACCAAGCUGGCACAGGGAGCUGGCUGAAAUAUGUGAGGGUUGCCCGCUCCUUUGAGGAACAAAAUCUAACACUGUGUCACAUCACUGACAACCAGAUUUGUUAUAAAGCUAUUAAAGAUAUUGAGGCGGGGGAGGAGCUACUGGUUUACAUGGACGGAGAUUUCCCUGAGGGGACCAUGGCACCAAAUCUCAAAGAUGAGCAGAUGUACCGGUGUGAGGAUUGUGAGGAGCUGCUCUCUUCCAAACUGGACCUGCACCGACACCAGAAGUAUUCCUGCAGCAACGGCACCUCCAUCUUCAACGCUCUCAACCAGGACUUCAAACAGGAGAGGGAGGAGGAGGAGGAGGAGGAGGAGGAGGAAGAGGAGGAGGGGCCUGUUCAUGAGUGCAAGGACUGCGAGAGGAUGUUUCCCAACGAAUACAGUCUUGAACAGCAUAUGAUUGUGCACACAGAGGAGAGAGAGUAUAAAUGUGACCAGUGCCCCAAAGCGUUCAACUGGAAAUCCAACCUAAUUCGUCAUCAGAUGUCACAUGACAGCGGCAAGCGGUUUGAGUGUGAAAACUGUGAUAAGGUGUUCACAGACCCCAGUAACUUGCAGCGGCACAUCCGCUCACAGCACGUCGGCGCCCGUGCCCACACUUGUCCAGACUGUGGCAAGACCUUCGCCACCUCCUCUGGGCUCAAGCAACACAAGCACAUUCACAGCAGUGUCAAGCCUUUCAUCUGUAAGUUGUCAGAGCCGUCUUGUCUAACCCUCGGAUAUAAUUACGUGUGUCCAAAGGCCUCCCGCCUCACUCCACCCCGAACAAGUGACAGCUGUAAUUUUAUAGGUGAAGUCUGUCACAAAUCCUAUACCCAGUUUUCCAACCUCUGCCGCCACAAGCGGAUGCACGCAGACUGCCGUACCCAAAUCAAGUGCAAGGACUGUGGGCAAAUGUUCAGCACUACCUCCUCCCUCAACAAGCACCGCCGCUUCUGUGAGGGCAAGAACCAUUACAACCCGGGGGGCAUGUUCAACUCAGGCCUGCCCAUGACCUCCAGCCCCCUCAUGGGCAAAUCGAAACCCCAACACAGCCUCAACCACCUCGGUUUCAGCGAUUACUUCCCCUCCCGGUCACACCACCCUGGGCUUCCCUUCUCGCCCACUCCUCCUGCCUUCCACACUCUCCCGCCUGGCUUUCCUGGAAUCUUCCCACCCUCGUUAUACCCCAGGCCACCUUUGUUGCCCCCAAGCCCAUUGCUCAAGAGCCCCCUCAAUCACAGCCAGGAAGACAAGCGUCCCAGGAGCCCCCUGUCGGUGGUGUCCCCUGUCAAUAACAAUGGGAGCAGCAGCUACAAUAACUUCCUGGAGGCUAAAGCCGAAACAAAAUUGGAAAUGCGCUCUGCAGAGAAGUGCAAGGUGAAGAUCAGUGACCUUUCGGAUGGGAGUGACCUGGAGGAUGUCAACACCACCAGCGGGACAGACUUGGACACCACAACGGGGACAGUCUCAGGUUCUGAUCUGGACAGCGACGCCGAGAGCGACCGCGACAAGAGCAGGCGCAAGGUGCCGUUGGGAACGAAGCAGGACGAAGUCAGCAGCAGCUCCAUCUCCAUCUCCAGCUCUGGUAACGUCCCUAGCGAGCGUCCCUUCCUCUCCCAGCACUCCUUCUUUCCUCCGCCGGAUGAGCAGGCCCUUCCGGCCUCAGGGGCCACCAACGACUCCAUCAAAGCCAUCGCCUCCAUCGCAGAGAAGUAUUUUGGCCCCGGCUUCAUGGGCGUACAGGAGAAGAAGAUGACCUCCCUCCCUUAUCAUUCCAUGUUCCCCUUCCAGUUUCUGCCCAACUUCCCACAUUCCUUGUACCCUUUCACGGACCGGGCACUCAACCCAGGGAUGUUCCUCAAAGAUGAGCCCAGGUCUCCCAGAGAGCAUCUACAGAAGGUGGGCUCCCAGGGUUCUGAGUCCCCCUUUGACCUCACCACCAAGCCCAAGGAGGUCAAACAGCCCCUGCCGCCCAGCAAGUCGACCCAUCCCGUGAGCACUCCCCUCCUGCCGGGAGAAGAGCAGCCUCUAGACCUCAGCAUUGGCACUCGCAGACGGGCUGCCCACAACGGCAGCGCCACAGAAUCUCGGAAGAAUCACGUUUACGGGAGCAGGAGAGGGCCUCUUAAAGAAGAUCAGCUCAAGCAUCCACAGCCUCAGCCUCAGUCUCUGCACCACCACCACCACCACCACCAGCAGCAGCAGCACCAGCACCACCAGCAAGUGCAUCAGCAGCAACAGCAGCCUUCCCUGCACUACGCAAAGCCCUCGCCCUUCUUCAUGGACCCAAUCUACAGCAGGGUGGAGAAAAGGAAGCUCAUGGACCCAGUAGGAGCCCUGAAAGAGAAGUACUUGAGGCCAUCCCCGCUGCUGUUCCACCCACAGAUGUCUGCGAUUGAGAACAUGACAGAAAAGCUGGAGAGCUUCGGUGCUCUGAAGCUGGACGCCUCGAACUCUCUACAGCACUCCUCACACCACCUCUUCAACUUCCGCUCGCCGCCUCCAACGCUGUCCGACGCCAUCCUCAGGAAAGGCAAGGAACGCUACACCUGCAGGUACUGUGGGAAAAUAUUUCCCAGGUCAGCAAAUCUUACCCGGCACUUAAGGACACAUACAGGAGAGCAGCCCUACAGAUGUAAAUACUGUGACCGGUCGUUCAGCAUCUCUUCCAAUCUGCAGCGGCACGUCAGGAACAUCCACAACAAGGAGAAGCCCUUCAAGUGUCACCUGUGUAACCGCUGCUUCGGCCAGCAGACCAACUUAGACAGACACCUCAAAAAACAUGAACACGAGAACAUUCCAGUGAGUCAGCAUCCUGGGAUUCUUUCGAACCUGGGGACGAGCAUCUCCUCGCCAAACUCUGAACCGGACAAUCAUGCACUUUUAGACGAGAAGGAAGAUUCCUAUUUUUCAGAAAUCCGGAAUUUUAUUGCCAACAGUGAACUGAACCAGGCGUCCAGUUCGACAGAUAAAAGGCCGGAUGACAGCCAGGGACACGCGCCGACCAACCCCAAGCGGAGUGAGGGAGAGGAGGAGGAGGAGGAAGAGGAGGCUGAUGAAGAGGACGGUAGCCUGACGGAGAAAUCUCAGGACGAGGUGGUCUCCCUGCCGAUGGUACCCCAGGGGAGCUACGAGGAUGAGGAGGAGCCUUCCUCUCUAACGAUGAGUUACGAACACACCCGAAGGUGUAUUGAUGAGGACGAAGCGGGCCUCUUAGAACUGGAGCAGAUUCCGACCUUCGGGAAGGGGCUGGAUCUCCGUAAGGCUGCAGAGGAACCCUUUGAAGUUAAAGACAUGUUUAACUCCUCCUUAGAAUCGGAGACUUUAAAAGAGACCCUGUACAGACAGGCUAAAACGCAGGCUUAUGCAAUGAUGCUGUCUCUGUCUGAAAACAACCCUCUACACAUGUCCUCCCAGAAUUCUCUGGAUGCUUGGCUGAACAUGGGUGGUGGCGCUUCAGAGCCUGGGAGCUUUCACCCCCUCAACCACAUCUGAGAGAGAGAGAGAGAGAGACCAGGAACCAGGGACCAGGGACCAGGCCACACUGGGAAAACUGGGACCACCUCCGUCUCAACGAGAGCUGGACAGGGCCGCCCAGGGGACCAGGUUCUCUCACCCCAGCGGGCGGCACAGCGAACCAGGCAUAGAGAUUGUAGAGCGUGGAAGAGGCAGCCUUGCUUAGCAUGGUCAGAAUAGGGAGUCCUCACAUUGGGGCUGGCAGUGUGUGCCAGGGGCCUUCCAUAACAAAUUAAAUUACAGAUGUAAUAAUCCACCAUCGUAGCUGUGGCUUUUUCAAAGAGUUUGUCAUUGAAUUGAUUUGAGUUUCGUUUUCUAAAUUUGGCCCUCUUGAGUGUUUUUAGAGUUCUGGAUAGUUUGAACGCCCCUUUGGAAACAGGAGGGGUAGAAUCCCUGCCCUCUCCUGCCCCCCUAUUCCAUUUCCAGAUCAAGCUCAGUAAGGUUGCCUCCACACAGAUGGUAACUAAAGGACCUUUUUUCACCUCAUUCCUUGGGUCAGCAUACCUUUCAACAAUGACCUUAAUGCCCACAACAUAUUUAUUCCACACAAAUGAGCUUUUGCACAGUGAAAAAUACUAUGACAAGAAGCAGCUAAACGGUAAUACAUGUAAUAGUAGUAGUAAUUAAUGAUAAUAACAAUACAAAUAAUUUAAUGAAAUACAAAGCUCUCAAAAGGACAAUGCAUUCCUCAAAGAGGCUAGUCCACAAAUAAGUAAGUAAAUAGUAAUGAAGAAAAAUAUUUUAUCCAGUAAAUUUGGACUUUAAAUUAUUUCCCACAGGGGCCAAUACUGUAUCAACAUUCUUUCUUCUAGUUCGAUUUAAGUUAAUUUGUAUAAAUCUUUUGCUUUUUUGUAUGUUAUUUGUUCUAUAAUAACAGUAUUGUUUCUUAGGCACCAUGGUAUAUAAUGUUAAUAUAAUUACUUAGUGAAGGACCAAAAUUGUGUAAUAUUGCUGUAUGUACAAUAACCAGGAAGUAUGUAGGACAAGUGGUUUGUGCCAAAUAACCCGUAGACGAUGUUUUGUUCUCCGACAAUCAUUUUUUCUUGAAGGGUUUUUAUUCUGUUGCUGUUAUCGUCGUUUGUUGACGUUUGUUUUGAUUUUCUGUAGACUUGUUCAAUCUGUAAUUAGGAGUAGGAGAUUGUGUAAUCUAUUUAUUUUUUUUUGGGGGGGGGGGGCGGGUGUUGUUGUUGAUGAAAAGUGACAGCUGAGAAUACCCCAGUAUAUCUUCAAAAAAUGCAAUACAAUGCUCAAUUCAAUACAAGUGGUUUUGCCAACGUGCCAAAUUUGUAAAAGAUGAAUUUAGCUAUUUACUUAUCAAAUCAAACUACAUUUGAGAAAAGAAAGAAAGUGAAUCGUUGUGUAAAUGUUUUUUAGUAAUAUGAAUAAAUCUGGCUGUGUUGUAGAAUUUUUUUGUUGUUGUUGUAAAGGGUGGUUUAUGUAUUAACACAGGACCGUACUGAGGGGGCACAUUCUAAAUGUUUUACAGACCUGAUAAUGGUCUCCUCCCAGCAUGUUCUGAAACCCAUGACGUCUUUAUUAUCGGACUGUGGAGCAGACCUGUGAAUUGGUAUGGCAGUACAAAUAUUCAUUUUGCUGUAUGAAGAAGCCUCACUUGUUUUUGAUGCUGACUUGGUGUGAUUUGAUUGUUUAUUGCAUAAUGUCAAAUCUCUAAAAAUGUCAAAUAAUGAAAUAUAUUAGCUUUAUAAUUCCCAGAAGGAGCUGUUUAAUUGUACAGCUAAGUACUUGCAACCACGUCAUAGCGUGUUCCCAAAUCCCUACUCCUAGUUGUUUCCAAAAUCAAGGGCAUUGUGAAUGGGGAAAUGCUGCAGACACUUUAAAUGGUACCACUCCAUUGGCACCCUGUUGAAUUCAUCCACUGCACUUCGGACUUAAACUUGCUGGUAGAAAAUGCAUGAGGGCAGUCUUUACUAUAUCCCAUAGAAUAAUGUAUUGUUCUUUGUCUGUCCAGCAUACCGGGUUUGGUGUUCUCUCUCUGUUUUCUGUUUUCAAUGCUGAUAAUGGGUUGGAACAAUUCUGGGUUUAAAUGGUUAAACCUCCUUCUUCCUGGUUUUCUAUUAGGCAAGAGAGAGAGACCUGAAUGUAGAAUAAGAUGAUGAAGAUUACACAGCCGCAGAUCUUUCCAGUCAAAUUAUCAACACUGGCAGAAUAAUUAAAAUGUUGUAGUCCAGUUCUCUUAUCCCAUACAGUGCUGUAUGCAUUAAACAAGAAAUGGUGCAUUGUGUUUGUGGCCAGCAGAGGGCACCCUCAGUUGAAAAUAAAAAUCACCAGCCCACACACAUCAAUACAGUAUUUUUGUGAAUUUGUAUAAGGGCCCCUACCCUAACAGUGUAAAUAAAUGGGGAAAUAAACACAUUUCUUAAUUACGUUACCAGCUUUCUAAAAGCAUAUCCGGCACCCAAGGCAAAUUAAAAUGUGUUUGACCAAAUGAUAUAUUAAAAAAAUAAAUAAAUAGUAAUCCAAUGUGGCUGGUCUUGAUCGUCUGUCACAGUACAGACCUGAAUAAAAUAGUUUGUUUCAAAACUGUAUAUUGUUUUAAAAGAUUGUUGUCUAUGUCUGGAAUUCAUAUAAGAAAAUGGAUGUGAAGGUUCAAAACUUGAUGGUGCUUGUUUCAUUUUGGAUCUGAAUUGUAUAUUGCCUCGGUUCUGUUUAUAAAAA